AUGACAAUGGUGACGCUGGCUGCACGCUCCUUAACGCACUGCUCUUCAUUAGGCACAUACACACAGAAUUUGCUUGGUUGGCGUCCAGAUCAAACAGAGUCGAUGCUGCGUGCUGUCUUAAAUAGGCAGCAAAAGCGGGCCCUCAGUUCGUCAUCACCCACAGCGCGCAUCACGGCUUACUUUCCCCCCAUCCAAAAUGAAGAUAGAUCGGAUGAAAAUCCGGUGAAUGUUCUGCCGCCGAGUAAACGAGCCCGGAGAGCGAUUUCACAGCUAUUGACCAAAGACGCGGCGAACAGCGGGGAAAAGCCUAGCAGUGGUAUGCCCUCGACCAGUGAAUGCACACUACCGGAGGAACUACAGCAACUCCCAUAUCGAAAACGUCAAAGCCGGAGGCGUAUUACCCAGUGUGGCACAGAAAAGUCUACCGCCAAAACUACCAGGCAGCGAAGAUCAACUCAGAAGCGAUCUAGCCGCCAGGUAGUUGACCACGUGGCUUUGUCUGAGGAAGAGCAGGAUUCCGUGAUCUAA